GCCACAAUUCUUCUUCCUAAGUAGAAAUGUCAAAGUAGAAAAUAGAAACGUCAAAGGCUUGAGCCUUGAAGAACUUUCUCCUGUGAAGGCUUGAAGAAACUUUUUCCUGUGAAGACCUUCCCCCGCUGGCUAAGGAAUGCCAGCCCUCAAUGUCACCGUCAACAUUCCCAGUCGGAAAUGGAUCCCGGUGGCUGCCCCUCCAAUCGAAGAUCUUCAGUUGCAACGCCAAAAUCUCCUCUGAUUAGGCACGUAUUAGAACAACGCCAGGUUGUUGUUUGUUGCAAAUAUAGUGGUAAUGGCCAACAGGACAAUUGAUUCUUUUUUCAAGAAAAGACGUCUAGAACCAAGUGGAAGUGGUGAAAUUCCUUGUCCUCUUCGUGAUUCUUCUCCUAAGCAUCAAACAAAUAAAUUUUGUAGAGCUGAAUCAUUAGAGUUUGAUAUUUCAUCCAUAGAACGUGAUCCUGGAAAGAGAAAAUCCAUUUGGGAAUAUCUAGAGCAUCAAAGGGAUGAGGUACGGAGAGCAUAUACUAAGUUUGGGCCAUACCAACCUGAGCUUCCGAUUGAAUCAAUGGUUGUUGACAAGAAGGGCCGACGUUUCCUUUUCUCUUGGUAUAAAUUGUUUCCAGAUUGGUUGGAAUUUUCUCCAACAAAGAAUGCUGCCUUUUGUCUUCCUUGCUCACUUUUUUCCAAGCCAACGGACCGUUUUGGAUCAAUGGCCUUCACAACUAGUGGAUUUAGAUCAUGGAAGAAGGUAAAUGAUGGAAAAAAUUGUGCUUUUUUAAAUCACAUUGGAAAAGAUCCUAACUCAUCACACAAAGUGGCAAUGCAAUGCUAUCAUGAUUUGGGAAACUCAUUGCAACAUCUUGACAAAAUUAUUGAGAAGCAAAAUUCUGAGCAGGUUGCAAAAAAUCGGUUGCAACUUCAAGUUUCCAUAGAUGCUGCAAAAUGGUGUGCAUUUCAAGCGGUGGCUUUUAGGGGUCAUGAUGAAAGUUUAGAUUCUAACAAUUGA